AUGCUCGAGGCGCAGCUGCGCGCGGCGCUCGAGCGCCGCGAGCGCCGGGGCCUGCGUCGCACGCUGCAGACGCAGCCGGACGCGGGCCUCGUGGACGUGUCGUCGAACGACUACCUGUCGCUCGCGCGCCUGCCGUCGAUCCGGCAGGCCGUGGCGGCCGCGCUCGCCGACGUGCGGAUCGGCAGUGGCGGGAGCCGCCUGCUCGAUGGCGACUCGCCGCUGCAUGCGCACGCCGAGGCGCGGCUCGCUGCGUACUUUGGCGCGCCAGCCGCGCUCCUGUUCAACAGCGGGUACGACGCGAACGUGUCGCUGCUCACGACGCUGCCGCAGCCGGGCGACGUCGUCGUGCACGACGCGCUCGUGCAUGCGAGCAUGCACGACGGACUGCGUGCGUCGCGUGCGCGCGCGGUGCGCUCGUUCCGGCACAACGACGCCGCGGACCUCGAGCACGUGCUGCGGGGCGUCCUGGAGGAGCUGGGCGCCACGGACGACGCGCGGGCCGGGCGCUGCAACGUCUUUCUCGCGCUCGAGAGCGUGUACAGCAUGGACGGCACCGUGUGCAGCCUGCGCGCGCUCGCAGAGGUCCUCGCGCGGCAUGCGCCCCGCGGCGCGCGGCACAUCCUCGUGGACGAGGCGCACGGCGUCGGCGUCUAUGGGCGCGGCGGGCGCGGCGUGUGCGACGCGCUGCAGCUCGCGGACGUGCCGAGCGUGCGCCUCGUCACGUUCGGCAAGGCAUGGGGCUGUGCGGGCGCGGUCGUGCUGUGUCCGCCGGUGUGGCGCGAGUACCUCCUGAACUAUGCGCGCCCGCUCAUCUACUCGACGGCGCUGGCGCCGAUGCAGGUCGCCGCCGUGCUGUGUGUGCUGGACGCGCUGGAGCGCGGCGACGUCGACGUGCGGAUCGAGACGCUGCAUGCGCGCACGCGGCAGCUGUACGAGGCGCUGGGCCGCCCGUACGUGUGCGACCCGCUGCCGCCCGCGCCGAUCGUCCCCGUGUACACGGCGCAGCCGCUGGUCCUCGCCGCGCGUGUGCAGCGCGCCGGCUUCCUCGUGCGCGCGGUGCGCUACCCCACCGUGCCGCGCGGCGAGGAGCGUGUGCGCCUCUGUGUGCAUGCGCACAAUACACGCGAGGAGAUGGCGCAGCUCGCCGCGGCGGUGCACGCCGCGCAGGGCGCGGCCCUGUAG